UUAAAUAAUUCGCGAGAUAGAAGGUCGCACAGGCUAUCGGGGUUCGUGUGAGUCAAGUGUGCGACCGGAUUCUUUUUGCGCGGAAUUUGCUUAGGUCGGGUGCUGAUAACCCCUUUGGCGAGUGCUAAACCGGGAUUUGGUUUGUCACCUGUACGCACGGGUUGCGCAGCGCAACGAAGCAAGUUUCAGUGACUCAUCGUGCUCACAUAUUGUGCCUUAUUGCGGGCUAUGCCUACUUAUCAGUAAAGCGGGAAGUCUCAAUGCUCGCCCACGUGAAUGUCCUGGAUCCAUCAAACUGUAUGUCAAAGCUCAUCAAGGCGGAGUGUGUGCAUUAUACCGAAGAAAAGCAGAAGAUGAUUGAAGAAAUGAAAAAAUACGCCUAGUGGAAAUUCAUCAAACGUAGAUGUCUGUUGAUGAAUAUUGUUCACUUUAGAUUUCAGUGUGUCAGUUAAUAUAUUGAUACGGACGGAUUAUAAUGAGUGCAUGCGAAACCGUAACAAAACGAAACCAAAUUUAUAAUGGUCGAAUAGCAGUCCCAGAAAAAAUAUUUGAUGAAGAAUCCCAUAAAUGUGUGUUACUCGUCUGAAGAAUAUUCGUUUGCCGAACAUAGCAACAGCAAGUGUAAGCAUACCGAGAUGUGAACUGAUCGUGAAUCCCGCAGUGUGAUUGAAAUUAUUGUGAUAUAUCAGUGUUUAAAAGUCCCGAAAAUAAACAAAUAUUUCCGUUGUUACGAGUCGCUCAGCGGUGGCAAUUAAUUAAACAAGAAGGAAAAACAGAAGCCUGAAAAAUGUUUUUCUCAUCGAACGUGGAUGCAAAAAAGACGAACUGGUUUUCGUCACUUCGGCGUCAACCAAAGCCCAAGAAGACAGCGCUGGUCGCUGAAAAGUUAACCCAGAAGAGUUGUGUAGAUUUGACGUCCAGUAGUCUGUAUAGUGGUGGCGACAACUCUAGUCAGUCGCCAGAAGCGGUCGACGACAGUGCAACAACAGAUGACCCGUUGCGCAAUCCUGCUGCGGAAAGAUAUAUCUGCACGUGUGAGUGGGUAAAAGUAACACCAUCGCCUUCGUUCUCUUCCGAUUCACCCGAAUCUGCCUCGAGUCUUACCUCAGCCACAACGGCCACAAUUAGCACCACAGUGUCGAGAAGUCUGCGGGAGAACAAAUAUCACCAACUUCCAACCGCCUCUUCGGAAAAUAAUCUCACAAGUGAUAGCGCUAACGAUCUCAAGGAUAUUGCCCUGUCAGCGUUGAAUAAUACCAGCAGCUUGAGAAGAAGACCGAAGCGGAAGGAGCAAGUCUAUACCUCAACUACCGUAACCACUGUGACAAAAACGACGGUGUUAAACAAACAGAAAACCUACCGCGUGGGCUUAAUCUUCAGCGACAAUGGAGAACUGUUGAAUAGCAGUCUUGACCUACGGCAACUGCUCGAGGAAAGCAAGCUGGCAGAGCUCGCUUCCAGCGAGAGCAGUGGCACCAUCAAGGAGGAAGAAGUUAAUAAUAACAGGCGGAAGGAUUCAGCCUGCCAGCGACAGUUCAGUAUUCUGGACGAUAGUAAUUUUGACUUCAUCGACGACAGUGCUGACUUGUUCAACCGUAAUUACUCGGGCAACAAUGUGGCCGUCCACGCCAAUUCGGCAAGCUCAACGCCAAAAGUCCUUAGGAAAUGUAAUAACUGCAAAAACAAAUCUAAUCUAGUCUACAAGAGAAGUAUUAGCUCGCCGCAUCGUAAGAAGCAAAUAAACGAUGAGUUGAAUGAAGUGGAGUCGGAGAUGAGAGCGCAUGAGAACAAAGAGGAGAACAAACAUUCCAACAAAGAUAAGCAGAUGGCAUUAGGACGUAAGAAAUUCAACAUGGACCCAAAGAAAGGCAUAGAAUUUUUAUAUGAAAACCAGCUUCUAAGGACGGACCCGCAGGACGUAGCUCAAUUUUUGUAUAAAGGAGAGGGCUUAAAUAAAACAGCUAUAGGCGAUUACCUAGGCGAGAAAAAUGACUUCAACGAGCAGGUGCUGAAGGCAUUCGUAGAUCUGCAUGACUUUACCAACCUUAUUCUAGUUCAAGCUUUAAGACAAUUCCUCUGGUCAUUCAGGCUGCCUGGUGAAGCGCAGAAGAUCGACCGCAUGAUGGAAUGCUUCGCACAGCGGUACUGCCAGCUCAAUCCGGACAUCUUCACAAACACUGAUACAUGCUAUGUGCUUAGUUUCGCAAUCAUUAUGCUGAACACGUCGUUGCAUAAUCCAUCGGUGAAAGAAAAACCAACCGUUGAGCAAUUCAUAUCGAUGAAUAGGGGCAUCAACAAUGGAGGAGAUUUACCGAGAGAAUUACUGGAGUCUCUGUAUGAAUCUAUACGGACAGAGCCAUUCAAGAUACCGCAGGACGAUGGCAACGACCUGAUGCACACAUUCUUCAACCCUGAUAAAGAGGGAUGGCUUUGGAAGCAAGGUGGACGAUACAAAUCGUGGAAGCGAAGAUGGUUCAUUCUGAAUGACAACUGUUUGUACUACUUCGAGUACACCACCGAUAAGGAACCAAGAGGAAUUAUUCCACUCGAAAACAUUGCGGUGCGCGAAGUGCAAGACCGCAGCAAACAAUUCUGCUUCGAGCUGCACGCCAGCGGAGGCGCGGAAAUCAUCAAAGCGUGCAAAACCGACUCGGAAGGUAAGGUGGUCGAGGGUAAGCAUACGGUCUAUCGAAUGUCGGCCGCCAACGAAGAGGAACAGCAGGAAUGGAUCAAGUGUCUGAACCAGUCCAUCAGCCACAACCCGUUUCACGACAUUCUAGUACAAAGGAAGAAGAAGGCCCUCGCAAAAAGAAUAUUAAUUCUCAUCUUCAAUUGGUUCACCUGCUUUGGCUUCGAGUACGAGAGGGAUUCUGACGGUGACGAAGAUUGCAGGAAGAGUUUGACCGAAUGUCAAAUUUCACCCAGUUGAGGUGGAUGGCGUGGUUUAGCCCACCUGUGAAGCACAACACGGCACAGUUUCCUGACAUUUCAGAUUAUUCCAGUUUGAACAGAUCCUAAUAUCGCCAUCAAACGUAGUUAAUUACAUUAUGUUC